UUCAGAUAAUGAAUCAACAUGUGCAGAUAUUUCUGGAAGGAGACAGAAAGCACCUUUUAAAACCAUAAAGUGUGGAAUUAACAUUGAUCUGUCUGAUAACAAAAAAUGGAAGUUGCAGUUACAUGAGCUGACUAAGCUUCCUGCUUUUGUCCGUGUUGUAUCAGCAGGGAAUCUUCUUAGUCAUGUUGGCUAUACUAUACUGGGGAUGAAUUCAGUUCAACUAUGUAUGAAAGUUCCAGGGAGUAGAAUACCAGGUCACCAAGAAAAUAACAACUUCUGUUCUGUUAACAUAAAUAUUGGUCCAGGUGAUUGUGAAUGGUUUGUUGUACCUGAAGAUUACUGGGGUGUUCUGAAUGACUUCUGUGAAAAAAAUAAUUUGAAUUUCCUGAUGAGUUCUUGGUGGCCGAACCUUGAAGAUCUUUAUGAAGCAAAUGUUCCUGUUUAUAGGUUUAUUCAGCGACCUGGAGAUUUGGUCUGGAUAAAUGCUGGCACUGUUCACUGGGUGCAGGCUAUUGGAUGGUAUAACAACAUCACCUGGAAUAUGUUGUAA